AACAAGGAAGCUGUGGUCAAGCUUUCAUUUCUACUGGCUGAUUUAUUUUUUUUUCUACACUUACACACGUUUGUACUGAUUCACCAAAGACCCACAACCUGACAUUCUGCAGUUCCUUGUUUUUUUUUUCUGUGCUUUUUAUUCGGUUCAUGUGAUUUAUUGUGAGAUUGUUCCUGGAUUUGUUCACUCAGAGUUUUAAAUGAGGAUGAUCUGCAGCUCAAACAUGAAGCUCUCUGCUGGUUUAAUCCUGCUGCUCCACAGCCUCGGCAUCGUCGCACAAUUCGUCCAUGACAUCACCUACAUUGUCGGCUGCUUUGAGGACACCACAACUAUAGCACAGUAUGAAUUUGAUGGUGAGGAGAUUUUGUAUGCGGAUUUCGACAGACAGCAGGUUGUGUACACUAUUCCACCAUACCUUGUGCCGGACCCCGUUCACGUAUUUGGAGAUUUGCAUGUAUAUAGAAAUGCUCUGAAAGCCAGGAGGGCGUGUGCAGGGGUCGUAGCGUACUGCAAGGUGGAGGGCAUCCAUCCAGAAGAAGUCAAAGAUCCUCCUGAGAGCUUCAUUUACCCUGAAGAUGAAGUCAUUCUGGGACUUGAGAACAGCCUUAUCUGCUUUGUGAACCAUUUCUACCCUCCGUCCAUCAACGUCAGCUGGACCAAAAACGGCCUUCCAGUGUCGGAAGGCAUGUCUCUCAGUCAAUAUUAUCCCAACAGUGAUCAAACCUUCCACCGGUUCUCCAUGCUGACGUUCACGCCAAGCGAAGGUGACGUUUACAGCUGCACAGUGGAGCACUCAGCACUGGACACGCCCAAAACAAGAAUCUGGGAUGUUGAAUUCCCCAAAAGUCAUCAAAGUCUCAUAGCAGAUGUUUACUGUGGAGUCGGACUGAGUCUGGGCUUGCUGGGAGUCGCAGUUGGAACAUUUUUAAUUGUUAAAGGACAAUACCAUUAAUUCAAUCGCUCUAAAAGCAGCGAAAGUUUAUCCAGUUGUGACCAGGUGUUUGCUUAAACAGACAGACUGAGAUGUAGAAGAACAUGAAGACUAACAUACAGUAUAAUAAGCUUUCUGUGUAACUCUCAGUUGAUUAAAACCUGGACCUGCUGCAGAAGUUCUACAUUUUUACUUGUGAAUGAAGCUCAUAAUAUAAUUAUUGUUUUAUUUACAUUGGAUGGAUGGAUGGAUGGAUGGAUGGAUGGAUGGAUAGAUGGAUAGAUAGAUAGAUAGAUUAAGUCAUUUUGUAACGGUCGACAAUGGUCCACUUACUUUGGACAUGUUUUGAGUCAUUUUGGACAAUUUUUGACUCAUUCUGAAAAGUUUGCAGUCAUUGAUGGUGUUUUUUUUUAGCUGACUUCGACAAGUUUCAAGAGAGUUUCUGAACGCAUUUUGGAAAGUCCGACUCAAGUUUCGUUGUUUUGUUCUCUUGGCUGCAGGCUCUGGCUGCAGAAGUUUCCUGUUAUUUUGGAUGAAUUUUGUGUCAUUUUCAACACUACUUGAGUCAUUUUGGAAAUUUUCAAGUCAUUGACAAUGGUUUAAAUAAUUUUUGAGUCACUCUGGACCAAUUUUGUAUAAUUUUAGACACUUUUAAAGUAUUUUUGGAAAGUUCCAAGUAAUUGGAGACGGUUUUUAACUUACUUUGGACAAUUUCAAGUCAUUGUUGACCAUUUUAAUUCAUUUUGGAUAAGUUCUGUGUAUUUCUAGACACCUUUUGACUUGUUUUGGACAUUUUUGGGGUCAUUUUCGAGUUCCAACUUUUAUGUCAUCGACGACAGUUUUCAACUUACUUUGGACAAAUUUCAAGUAAUUAAAACCAUCUUUAAAAAAUGGUGUUGAAAAAGAUGAAAAUAUUCAAUCAAAUAAAAGGCAAUUCAAAGGAAAUUUUAAAAAUCCAUAGAAAGUACAGAUUCUACAUUGUGAAGACUGGAGCGAAAUUCCUUCUAUGCAUGUAAUUCACUGUAACAAUCCAACUUGACUGACCAAUAAAGCUUUUUCUGAUCAUU